GCUACUUGAACUCAGAAAGUAAACCACAAUUUCGCUUUAUUAUCCAGUGAACAGAAAGACGCUAGCUAAGCAAGGAAGCAAUUUUAAUCUAGACGUUAGGGAUAUAGGGAUCAGUGCAUUUUACACAUAUCAAAGGGGACAACAUGGAGCGGUGAAGGCGGUGGAAACUGCCCAGUAAAUAUCGCCAAGGAGUUAGUUUAGCUAUGUGCUUUUAGAUUCUCUUGCUUAUUUUGCCUAUAGCACGACCUGCUAAGCAGCAAGACGCAGCAGUUAGCAACUGAAACUUUAGCUGACUUUGCUUGUCUGGAUGGUAGCUACUUGUUUUAGCAGUUUUGGUAUUGUUUCCUUGCUUUCAACGUCAUAACUGACGCACAACCUAGUUUUAUUUUAAAGGUUACUAUAGCCAUUAUUGAUCCAUCUAGCUAUUUGUGAUCGCAGCAACAUAAUAAUGGCAUCGGCUAAUCGAGGACAAGGAGGCGCGAUUGAUCUUGCAACGCAAGACAAUCCGAAUCAAGAAAACACGCUUUCGCGAUUAAGAGUGCCCGUAAAAAAUACUGUCGAAAAUCAGGAGAACAUAAAUCCUAAACAAUCAAACAGGACAGUUUUGGGAGUGCUGCAGAACAACCAGAGAAGCAGGUCACAUUUGCAACGCGGCGCAAAACAGGGUGCUUCCUCUCAAGUGUUGUCCUGCAAAAAUGACGACUGUGGGAAAGGUCUGGCAGAGAGAUCUGGGUACAAACCGCCUGCUUUCCAGAUACAUGUGGAUGAAUCCGAUGGCGCCUGUGCAAGGAAGCAAGUGUCGAAAAAGUCCACUGUGGAGGAUACCCUUAAACUAAACCCUUCUGUAGUUCAAUGUAGACAGCCCCUUGCCACUAUCGACAUGUCUAUGGAUGUAGGCUUUGAUUCUCCAAUGGAUAUGUCGGUAAUUGAAGCUGAAGAGAAGCCAGCUAAUACUAAUGAAGUAUCAGAUUAUGCUGCUGAAAUCCACAAGCAUUUAAGAGAAAUGGAGAUAAAAUGCAGGCCUAAAGCUGGUUACAUGAAGAAACAGCCUGACAUCACAAACAGUAUGCGGGCCAUUCUCGUUGACUGGUUGGUCGAGGUCGGUGAGGAGUACAAGCUCCAGAACGAGACUCUUUACCUGGCAGUCAACUAUAUCGACCGCUUCUUGUCCUCCAUGUCUGUUCUGAGAGGCAAGCUGCAGCUGGUCGGGACUGCAGCCAUGCUGCUCGCUUCGAAAUUUGAAGAGAUCUAUGCGCCAGAGGUGGCGGAGUUUGUUUACAUCACAGAUGACACCUACACGAAGAAGCAGGUGUUGAGGAUGGAGCACCUGGUUCUCAAAGUGCUGUCUUUUGAUCUUGCCGCUCCGACCAUCAAUCAGUUUCUCACCCAGUGCUUCCUACAUCAACCAGUUGACAACAAGAUUGAGAGCCUAUCGAUGUUUCUUGGAGAGUUGAGUUUGAUUGACUCAGACCCUUUCCUGAAGUAUCUUCCAUCCCAGAUGGCUGCGGCAGCCUUUGUGUUGGCAAACUAUACAAUUGCUAGGGGCUCAUGGCCUCGGUCUCUGGAGGAGGUGACCGGAUACUCUCUGGACGACCUCAUGCCGUGUGUCACCGAUCUGCACGAAACUUACCUCAACGCCGCCCAGCACGCCCAGCAGUCCGUGCGGGAGAAGUACAAGGGCGCCAAGUACCACAAAGUCUCCCUCAUCGAGCCUCCAGCGAAACUGUUCCUCAAUUGAUACAUUUUUGUAAUAAAGAUACACAAAAUUCAUUUAGGCAGAUUUUUAUAUACAGCUUUUGUAAUUAAAAGUCCCACACCAUCAGAAUUUCAAUAACAGGAACAACACCCUUUUAUCCAGGGGACAGACAUGCAGGGGAAUUGAAUUUAGUGCUUUUUAAAAAAAUGUACAUUUAUGUGCAAUCCUGUAGGGUUUUUACUUUUUUAUGAUUAUUUUUACGCUUGAUUCAACCAGAGAUUUGUAAACCUAGUUAAUCAAGCCUCGUUUUAAAUUCUGUGUUUGUCUGUCCCUUCCUUGGGGUGCUAGAAGGUCUUGCUGGUGGUCAUUAACUGUGCUACUUGAAGCUGUAAAACUGGCUGUAAAUUUAAUCUUUUUGUAAUAAAGACACUGCAGAUAUACUCCCCA